GUGCGUCGCGCCGCGGAGUCGGACGAGUUCGACCUGGCGAAUUACGACCAGGCGAAGUGCGAGGAGCUAGCGAAGGCCGCGUUCUCGGAGCCCCUGCCGCUCGGCGCCAUGGUGAGGCUCUCCUUCGUGGUGGGGGGCGGGAAGCUCGUGCGCCAAAAGUACACCGACGAGCUCCCGAAGCUCUUCAUGGGGGCACUGAGCGCCGUUGGCUACACGGACGACAGCUCCGCGUCCGUGGAGUCGAGUUCCGGAGGCAAGUACAAGUUCCAGCACGACACUGGGAAAAACUUGAAAUUCGUCCACGUGUUCCCGUUGAUCAGUGGCAGUUCCCAGGACGCCGCCGCUGCAGAGGCGGGGGAGGAGGAGGAGGAGGAGGGCCCGGCGGAGCCCACCGAGCCACUGGAGAUCCUCAUCCAGAGCGAGGGCGCGGAGUUUGCGCGGCUGAUGUCGGCGCACUUGACCAGCUGGUCCCAGAAGAAGAGACUGCUGGAGGCCCUCAGGAAUCGGAUCGUCAGGCUCGAGGCCGCGGAGCAGAAGCUCGCCAGGCUGGAGAGCCUCACUACGGAGGAGCAGGAGCUCUACGACAGCGUUGGCGUCGAGGAGCUUAAAUCCAAGGCCAAGACGGUCACCAGCGCGGUGCAGCAGAUGGUGGAGGGCGGCGAGCUCACAUCCGCCGAGAAGGCGGAGUGCGUGGAGCAGUUCGAGGGCAAGCUCGAGGCGCUCCGGGAGGAGCUGUCGAAGGCUGAGGCCGAGGGCAAGGCCAAGAAGGUCGCCGCCAUCCAGCAACAGCAGGAAGUCCUGAAGAAGACCAUGGCGUCUGUCAAGGACGCGAGCGCGGUGCCGCUCCCGCCGCUCCGGCACGAGGCGGACCUCAGCAAGCUGCACCGCAGGCGCGCCGACCUCCUGCGGAUCGAGAAGGAGAAGAAGGGGCACUACACGAUGGACGAGCUGAAGGCCAUCGGCGACCGGCCCGAGAUAGAGGAGGCCAUCGAGGAGCUGGAGAGCAGAAGCCGCGGCUGGCUGGAGGACGACGACGUGUUCCUGCAGCGAGUGCAGGCGUGCAAAGCCAAGGCCACCGCGGCCAGGAAAGGGAGCUCGGGCGGGGGUGGCGCCCAGCGGCCUGCGUCCAGCGGGGGCAGCGGCAGCGGCGGCUUCACCAAAGUAGGGGGCAGUGGCGCCAAGAAGUCCGUAGCAAAGGCCUCUGGGCCUGCGACGAGGAAUGCGUUCUCGGCACUGGGGUGA